AUGUCUGCUCAAGAUUGCAAAGAGAUCAUUGCGAGCUGGGAGGAGGUAUUGGAGCUUUUGAAGAAUCGCGGUGCCGAUGAAAUUCAUGAAUGGAUGAAACGUUUAAGGAAGGUCAUCAAGACGCUGGAAGACUCUCAGAGGCUGGCAACCACUGGUCCGGAGCGGCAAAAAUUCCUAUUCACCGUUGGAUUUUUGCGAGGUAUUGAAAUUAAAUUAGGACUAUUGCUGAAACGUGGCCGUGGAGUGCAAAAUCGACAGAGGCUCAUCGACCGCGUGCGAUGGUCGGAUCUGAACUCUUCGUUCAAGAACGGCAUCAGGGUAGGCGUAUUCACGAAUUUGAAGCACGUCGACGUGAAAGCCUUCAUGAAAGACUGCAUGGCGCAUUUCCGCGCAAAGAUCGACAACGUACUGCGGAGUAGAGGUGUCGCAGUGAAGGCUUACGCCGUGCUCGCUGCAAAAUUCACCGUCACGAAGAAUGACGAAGAGAUAAUCGAUCUGAAGUUCUUCAACACGAAGGCGGCACCGAUUUUCAACACUACGGAUACGGGAAAAUGGUUCGUGGAGCACAUACGGGAGCCGAUUCUGACGGAUCUGGAGGAAUUCGAGCAGCAGGGUUCAGGCUGGUCACUGCACUCGAUCGUGAACAUGACGCUGCACAUCAGCAAGUUCAAUCCGAUGCGUGGCAGCUCUUACGUGGAUCUUCCAGCCAAGAUCCGAAACAAGAACGCGUGUGUCAACGUGCGGAACAACGACGAACAGUGUUUCAAGUGGGCCAUACUGUCGGCGCUUCAUCCCGCCCACCAUUCCGAUCGCGUCUCCGAAUACAGUCCGUACGAGGCGGAAUUGAACUUUGACGGGAUCGAGUUCCCCAUGGAACCGCGCAACAUUCCGAAGUUCGAGAAACAGAACGACGUCUCGGUAAAUGUAUAUAUUUUGAAGAAGAAGAAGCGAGACUUCGACGUGAUGCCCCUGCACGUGACGGCAACGAAGAAGCAGCAACACGUCAACCUGCUCCUGGUACAGGAUCACUACGUGGAGGAGGAGGAGGAGGAAGAGGACGAGGAGAACGAGUGCUACAUGAUACCGAGGUUCCAUUACGUGUGGAUCAAGAACUUGUCUCGCUUGGUUUCAAACCAAUUGUCGAACAGAAACCACAAACUCCACAUCUGCGAUCGCUGCCUCCACUACUAUCGCACCGAAGACAAGCUGGCCGCACACGAAAUUGACUGCGCAAUAGUCAACAAGUGCAAGAUCACCAUGCCCAAAUGGUCGAACAGGAUGCUCUACUUCAAGAACCAUGGACACAAGGAGCGCGCACCAUUCAUCAUCUAUGCGGACUUCGAGUGCCUGCUGAAGCCGACUCGUGACGAGAACACCUACCAGAAGCACGAAGCAUUCAGCGUGGGGUACUACGUGAAGUGCAGUUACGACGACUCACUCUCGCGGUAUCGCAGCCACAGGGGUCCGAAGCCUGCGGAAUGGCUAGCCCGAGAGCUGCAAAACUUCGCCGCGGAACUCGACAACGUCUACGCGAACCCCCGACCGAUGGAGAGACUAACGCUCCAGCAGCAGAGAGAGUUCCACGCCGCCACCAAGUGUCACAUGUGUGAGCGACCCCUGUUGGGCGGUGACAGAGUGCGAGAUCACUGCCAUCUGACGGGCAAGUACCGCGGUGCAGCGCACAACGAGUGCAACCUGAACUAUCAGGACUCGAAAACCGUGCCCAUCGUCUUCCACAAUCUCACCGGCUACGACUCCCACUUCAUCAUACGAGAAAUCGCCACGUGCUUCGCCGGUCGAGUCGAAGUGUUGCCACAGACGAAAGAACGCUACAUCUCGUUCACGAAGCACAUACACGGUAGCGAAGUGAAGUUCCGUUUCAUCGACUCGUUCCGCUUCAUGGCGUCGUCGUUGGAAAAACUUGCGUCGUACUUGAGCGACAUGAAGAUCGUGAGGAGCGAAUUCUCCCACCUGUCCGACGAGAAAUUCAAGUUGCUCACGAGGAAGGGAGUGUUUCCCUACGAUUACGUCGACUCGUUGGAUAAGCUCAACGACACCGAGCUACCACCGAAAGCGAGCUUCCACAGCACGCUGAACGACAGCGACAUCUCGGACGCGGACUAUGCGCAUGCUAAGAGAGUGUGGGACGAGUUCAACAUCCGGAGCUUGGGCGAGUACUCGGACCUGUACUUGAAGACGGAUGUGCUUCUCCUCGCCGACGUCUUCGAGAAUUUCCGCAACGACUCUGUGCGAGCGUACAGCCUGGACCCCGCCCACUACUACACGCUACCGGGUUUCUCGUGGGACGCCAUGCUCAAGUACACGAAGGUUCAACUGGAACUGCUCACGGAUCUCGACAUGCACCUGUUCAUCGAGCAAGGAGUGCGCGGUGGUGUGAGUCAGUGCUCGAACCGUUACGCUCGAGCCAACAACAAGUACAUGAGGGACUAUGAUGCGAACGACGCGAGCAAAUACCUCAUGUACUUCGACGUGAACAACCUCUAUGGCCAGGCAAUGAUGGAGGUGCUACCGCGCGGGGCCUUCGAGUGGAUAGAUGGCAGUACUGUCGACUUUCUAAAUGUGCCGGACGACUCGCCGGUCGGCUACUUCCUCGAAGUGGACCUGGAGUAUCCGGAGGAUUGUCACGACGCGCACAAAGACUUGCCGCUGUGUCCCGAGCACAAGAGCGCCCCCGGCUCAACGCAGACGAAACUGAUGACGACCCUGGAGCCGAAAACGCGGUACAUCCUGCACUACCGCAACCUUAAGCAGGCCGUCCAACAGGGUCUGAAGCUCGUGCGCAUCCAUCGGGUCUUGAAAUUCGAGCAGUCCGCAUGGUUGAAGCCCUACAUCGAGCUGAACAGCGAGUUGAGAAAACAAGCGCGAAAUGACUUUGAGAAGAACCUCUUCAAGCUCAUGAACAACGCGGUGUUCGGCAAGACGAUGGAGAACGUGCGCAAACGCGUGGACGUCAAGCUGGUGAAGAACUGGGGUGGUCGAUACGGGGCCGAAGCACUCAUUGCCAAGCCCAAUUUCCACAGCUGCUCUAUCUUCGCGGAGAACCUCGUGGCGAUUCAGCUCGCCAAGACUGAGGUCCAUCUCAACAAGCCCAUCUACGUCGGACUCAGUGUGCUGGACCUGUCCAAGAUUCACGUCUACGCCUUCCACUACGACUACAUGAAGCGGGAGUUUGGCGAUAACUGCAAGCUCCUCUACACGGACACUGACAGCCUGCUGUACGAGAUUUGCUGCGACGACAUUUACGAAAUCAUGAAGCGCGACAUCGAGCGGUUCGACACGUCCGAUUAUCCCCUCAACAAUCGGUUCAACAUGCCACGAGUCAACAAGAAGGUGAUCGGACUCAUGAAAGACGAGUGCAACGGCAGCAUCAUGACCGAGUUCGUGGGCUUGCGCAGCAAAAUGUACAGCGUACGUGUGGAGGGGCGAGAUCGCGUGAAGAGGGUGAAGGGGGUAAAAAGGGGCGUGGUCGAAGCAACCAUCACCUUCGACGACUUCCUGCGCUGUCUCCGGGACAAAACAACGCUGCGGCGUGAACAAUGCGUCAUCAGGUCACGCCUACAUAACGUAUUUUCCGAGAGGCAGACGAAGGUGGCGCUGAGCGCGCACGACGACAAGCGCAUCCUCCUACCCGAUAGCACGGACACGUUGCCAUGGGGACACUACAGAGCCCCACCUCUUCCACCGUAA